AUGUGCCUCUGGAACGCCGUCACCAUGGGCAGGAUCGUUUUCUACGAGGACAGGAACUUCCAGGGGCGCUCCUACGAGUGCAGCAGCGACUGCUCCGACAUCCACAUGCACCUGAAUCGUUGCAACUCCUGCAGGAUCGAGAGCGGGUGCUUCGUGGUGUACGACCGGCCCAACUUCAUGGGGAACCAGGUGUUCUUGAGGAGAGGCGAGUACAACGACUUCCAGUACACCGGAGGCAUGACAGGCAUGAUGGGCAUGGCGAUGAUGGACACCGUCCGCUCCUGCCGUGCGAUUCCAACGCACCGGGGACAGUUCAGGAUGAGGGUCUAUGAGAGAGAGAACUUCGGAGGCCAGAUGCACGAGCUCACGGAGGACUGCGAGUCCCUCCAGGAGCGGUUUUACAUGUCCGACUGCCAGUCCUGCAACGUGACGGACGGCCACUGGCUGAUGUUCGAGCAGCCCAACUUCAGAGGCCGGUUGACGUACGUGAGGCCAGGAGAGUACAGGAACCUCCGAGACAUGGGGACGAGCAACGUCACGAGAAUCAGCUCCAUCAAGCGCAUUAUGGACGUGUGCUGA